AUCACUAUAUUGUUAUGGCUCUAGAAUGGUUAUCUACAGAUAUUGGUUGAUAACCGUGAACAAUAGCAAUAAUUGCUGAUUGUGAUAAUAUAUAUUUUGAAUACAAAUUGUUUUUUACAUUUUGUAAUUUUGGACUAUUUACUAACUGUUAAAUCUAAUUUAAAAUAAAGAUAUGGCUAAGUGGCAGUUGGAAGUGUUUCGCAUGGGUAUUUAUAUGGCAUUUCCUGUUAUCUUAUUCCAUUACUUCAACUUACCAGAAAAUUAUGAAGAUAAAGUAAUAAAAUUCAAGAGAGAGAUGUUUCCGCCAGAAAGACCAGAACCUCAACAAAAAAUUUCUGACCUCAAGAGGAUAUUCCAAGAACGAAGAGAAGCAGAAUUAAAAAGAGUUUUUGAAGAAUAAAUGAGAUUAUCAUUAAACAUAUUAUAAAUUAUUGUAUUUUGUAUAUAUUGUAAUAAAAUAGUUUUGUUAAAAAAAUUAUAAUUAGACAAUAGUUUUGUUAAAAAAAUUAUAAUUAGACAAUUCUAGAUUGAUAUAAAAAUUUAACUAGCAAUCAUUUAUUUACAUAUCUAAAUUAAAAAAAUUUGGUUUCCAAGACACUUCAACUUUUGUACAUAUUGAUCGAGUUGAAAGCGCUCGCAAUGUUCAA